GCAGCUCGCAGAUGUAGCGGCGCGGGGCCGGCCGGAGGGGAGGCGCCGGCGGGCGGGAGCCUUGCAUUUUGCAGCGCUGGGCUCCGAGGGGGCGGGGGCCGGAGGAAGCGGAAAGCCGCGCCGAGUCGCCGGGGACCUCGGUGAACCAUGUUGAGCCCUGCCAACGGGGAGCAGAUCCACCUGGUGAACUAUGUGGAGGACUACCUGGACUCCAUCGAGUCUCUGCCUUUCGAUCUGCAGAGAAACGUCUCGCUGAUGCGGGAGAUCGACGCGAAAUACCAAGAAAUCCUGAAGGAACUGGAUGAGUAUUAUGAGAAGUUUAAGCGGGAGGCGGACAGCGCACAGAAGAGGAGGGUGCUGCACUGCAUCCAGCGGGCCCUGAUCCGGAGCCAGGAGCUGGGUGACGAGAAGAUCCAGAUCGUGAGUCAGAUGGUGGAGCUGGUGGAAAACCGGACCAGGCAGGUGGACAGCCACGUGGAACUCUUUGAGGCACACCAAGAGGUCAGUGACACCACUGGCCAUGGCAGAGCUGGCCAGGAUAAGUCCAAAAAUGAGACAAUCACACAGCCAGAGAAGCCCAACAACAAGCGGUCCCGGCGGCAGCGCAACAAUGAGAAUCGGGAGAACGCAGCUAAUAACCACGACCACGAUGACGUCACCUCCGGCACCCCCAAGGAGAAGAAGGCGAAGGCCUCCAAGAAGAAGAAGCGCUCCAAGGCCAAGGCGGAGCGGGAGGCGUCCCCCGCAGACCUCCCCAUCGACCCCAACGAGCCCACGUACUGUCUUUGCAAUCAGGUCUCCUAUGGAGAGAUGAUCGGCUGCGACAACGACGAGUGCCCCAUCGAGUGGUUCCACUUCUCCUGCGUGGGGCUGAGCCACAAGCCCAAGGGCAAGUGGUACUGCCCCCGGUGCCGCGGGGAGAACGAGAAGACCAUGGACAAGGCCCUGGAGAAGUCCAAAAAGGAGAGGGCCUACAACAGGUAGUGGUGGGCCCGGCUGACCGGGGAGAGCGGACAGGCUGGUAUUUAUUGCAUCGCCACCUGGACAGCGGGCGCAGGGGCUAUACGGCGUGGGCCUCUACAGACUUGGGAAAAGGGGCCGCUCCUUCUGCAGGGAUGGCCGAGAUUCUCUGCGUUUUCAUUGGUGCACACGUGUAACAAGAAAGGGGUCUGUGGAUCAGCAUUUUAGAAACUGCAAAUACAGGUUUGAAUUAAACACUCAA